UAUUAUUUUUAUCUGUUCUGUACAGCACAGGGGUAAUGGCAAUUUUUUUCCAGUAACCAGUAAGGUGGCCAUAAUCAAGACCCAAAACAAAAUUGUACCUAAUUUGAAAUUUUCAUUGAUAUUACAGGAUGGUGCUGGAGCUCUGGCUCUUCAGGAGAUAAGAAGUAUUGUGUGUUCAUACAUCCAUCAAGCAUUCCUCAAGGAUACAACUUUAGCCAAGUUGGUCCACUUUCAGGGUUACCCCGGAGAGUUACUCGGUCCAGUGGUACGAGGAGUCCCAUCUAUGCAUAUCGCAAUUGGUCUUAACUGGAUCCCAGAACUUCUCCAGCUGCCAGACUUGGACAAACAGUUGUUUGCUGUUGAGUUAACUUCUCAUUUGGCUCUCCAGAAUGCCAUGCCAUCUACACUCAGCAUAUCACGACUAGGAAUUAACACCAUGGCUACACUUCUCUCAGUUCUUGGUGAAGAAGAGAGAAUUAUGAUCAUGGAAGCAUCACUUCCAUCAUUGGUGGGUAUUGGCAGAGCAUUUCCGGCACUUACAGAUGAUCUCGUGCACUUACUGGUCAUGUAUGGCCGGGUAUCUACUGCUCAGUCUGCUCUCUCGGCAGCACCAGCUCCCAAAUCUAUUG